CUAACUAGUCAUUCUGCUCUCCCUUGCGAUCACGGAAGUAUAAAUUCAUGUCCUACACAACUUUUAUUCCUUAGUAUACUUCCGGCUGUCACCAGUAUGACAGGAAAGAGGACUGGCUUUUGUUUUAAACUGAGAGCACCUUGAUGAAAGUCAGCAUUCUGUUUAUUUUUCUUUUAAAACAAAAAAUUGGGGGUGGAGCUUGCUUUUUGGAGUUUUUUGGGGGGGGGUUCUUUUGUUUUUGUUUUUGUUUUUAAGACAAACACUAUCUUUGGCUAAUUGGCAUUGAGAAAUAAUUUAAGUCAAAGUAUCUGCUCUAUGCUAACAAGAGCAUACCAUGGCCAAGAGAGUUGCAGUGAUUGGAGCUGGUGUGAGUGGCCUGUCCUCCAUCAAAUGUUGCUUGGACGAGGGCUUGGAGCCCACCUGCUUUGAGAGAACUAAUAACAUCGGGGGACUAUGGAAGUUUACUGAAUCUUCUGAAGAUGGGAUGACCAGAGUCUACAGGUCCUUAGUGACAAAUGUCUGCAAGGAAAUGUCAUGUUACAGUGACUUCCCUUUCCAAGAAGAUUAUCCCAAUUUUAUGAACCAAGGAAAAUUUUGGGACUAUCUCCAUGAAUUUGCUGAGCACUUUGACCUCCUGAAAUAUAUUCAAUUUAAGACCACUGUGUGCAGCGUAACAAAGCAUCCAGACUUCUCUGAAACUGGUCAGUGGAAUGUCGUCACAGAAACAGAGGGCAAGCAGGAUAGAGCUGUCUUUGAUGCUGUCAUGGUUUGCACCGGGCGUUUCCUGAAUCCCUGUUUACCUUUGGAAUCCUUCCCUGGAAUCCAUAAGUUUAAAGGCCAGAUCCUGCACAGCCAAGAGUACAAGUUUCCAGAAGGCUUUCAGGGCAAACGUGUCCUGGUGCUCGGUCUUGGGAACACUGGAGGAGAUGUUGCAGUGGAGCUCAGCCGAACAGCAGCUCAGGUACUUCUCAGUACUAGAACUGGUACCUGGGUUGUCAGCCGCUCUGCAGAUAAGGGCUACCCUUAUAAUAUGAUGAUUACAAGAAGAUGCAUUAAUUUUAUUGUAAAAGUAAUGCCUUCGUGUUUCCUCAACUGGAUUCAAGAGAGGCAGAUGAAUAAAAGAUUUAACCAUGAGAAUUAUGGAUUAAGUAUUACAAAGGGGAAAAAACCGAAGUUAAUAGUGAAUGAUGAGCUGCCAACCUGUAUCCUCUGUGGGGCAGUCACGAUUAAAACCAGCGUGAUGGAGUUUACAGAAAACUCUGCUAUUUUUGAAGAUGGGACAGUGGCAGAAAACAUCGAUACCGUGAUCUUCACUACAGGAUAUACAUUUUCUUUUCCCUUUUUUGAAGAACCUCUGAAAAGCCUUUGUACAAAGAAGUUGUUUCUAUACAAGCAGAUCUUUCCUUCAAACCUGGAGAGAGCAACAUUAGCCAUCAUCGGCCACAUCGGCCUUACAGGGUCCGUCUUAGCAGCCACAGAGCUUCAAGCACGAUGGGCCACAAGAGUAUUCAAAGGACUCUGUAAGAUACCUCCAUCCCAAAAACUGAUGGCUGAGGCUACUAAGAUGGAGCAGCUCAUUAAAAGGGGAGUGAUUAAAGAUACCAGUGAAGAAAAACUCAGCUACAUUCUCUACUUGGACGAUCUCGCUGCAUGCAUAGGUGUGAAGCCCAACAUCCCAUUUCUGUUCCUCAAGGAUCCCAGAUUAGCUUGGGAAGUUUUCUUUGGGCCAUGUACUCCUUACCAGUACCGCCUAAUGGGCCCUGGAAAAUGGGACGGAGCCAGAAAUGCCAUCCUAACCCAGUGGGACAGGACACUAAAACCUUUAAAAACUCGAAUCGUUCCUGACUCUUCCAAGCCUGCUUCUGCGUCACAUUAUUUAAAAGUUUGGAGUGCACCAAUCCUACUUGCCUCUCUUCUACUUUUCUGUAAAUCUCCGCUUUUUUGGAAAUUGUUGUCAGAUAAGCUACAGGCUAGAAUUUCCCCUUACCUAGUAAGGGUUUGGUGAGGGUGAAUCCCAUUGGUUAGUAGGGUUGCACCACCCCAUAUUAAUUCUAUCUCCAAAUAUCUUGUGCAUCCCUCCUCUCUUCUCCAUCAUAACUGCCACAAUCCAAGUUCAAAUCCAACUGUCUCUUAUCUGAAUUAUUGUAUUGUCUUCUUCUUUGGCCUCAGUACCUGCUUUCUUGUCUCCCUGUCCAAUGCAUAUUCUAUUCUGCUACCAAAGCAAUUAUUCUAGAAUUAAAUUAUGGUCAUUGUUUCCAUCAAGGCCCUGGUAGGAAUAAGAUUGCACUCAAAUUAGGUAAUUUGUGGAAAUUUUAAUACAGAGAUUAUUUUUUAAAAAUUUGGGCAGAGUGUAAGGAAAUCACAAGGAUAAUGAAAGACCCCCCAGACUAGUAAUAAUGAAGUAAGUUUACUAAACCUAGACCUAAUAAAAUAAGAGGAGAAAGCAAUUACUAAAGAGAUAAAGAGAACUGUGUAGAGAGGGCCACCUAAAAUAGCAAUGAUCUUUAGCUGAAUGAUAAAGGCAGUACACAAUGAUCCCAGAAGUAGAGAUCUGGGGGGAAUAAAUUAUCUAACCUUACUCUCUUCCCUCCCUCUGAUCCCCCGCCAAUGCUCCCCAACAGCCAAGUUCUCCCCAAGGUUGCCAACUCGUGUUACGCAUGGAGGUCAGCCUCCUAGGGCACAGAGCAGAGCAAAGAUGAUGGAUAGUCUAUACAGAAGGGCAAACAAAAGAGAUCAAGUUAUGUCGCUUAGAGUUUCUGUCUUGCUUAGGGAACAUAGUUCGAAUUUCUUAGCCUAACGGAGGAGGUCCUUCAUGAUCUGAGUCCCUUUGCCCAGGUCACCAGAAUCCUCUCCUGCAGCUUCCACCUCCAACCCCCACCCACCCACCAAUUCCAAGCCCUACCAUCCAGCACUACCAAACUAUUAACUGUGUCAUGCCCACUCACUUUGGCACAAGCUGUUGCCUCUGCCAGGCAUGCAAAUGCGUACCAUACCUGACUGAUGAGAUCCUAUUUAUCUUUCAAGAGUGCUCAGUUAUCUCACUCUGUGCAGCCAUACCUGAAUCCCCAAAGGAGAGCUGAUCAUCCCUGUGUAAAGAAGGUACCUCGUGUUCUGCUUUGGUAUUGCUCUUUUCUUACUGUAGUAUCAUUUUCUGUUUGUAUGUCUCCUAAUAAAUGGUUGGUUCCUAAAAGGAACCAUAUUUUGUUCAUCUAAAACAUUACCUGAUACACCAAGUUCCAGGGGUUCAAUCCCUAUACUGUCAAGCUGCCGAAAAAGAAUUUUUUUUUUUUUUCCAUUUGUGUGACCGGCAAGGGGAUCGCAACCCUUGGCAUGGUGUCGCCCGCACCACGCUCAGCCAGCAAGCCAGCGAGCGCACCGGCCAUCCCUAUAUAGGAUCCGAACCCACGGCGGGAGCGCCGCUGCGCUCCCAGCACCGCAUUCUCCCGAGUGAGCCACGGGGUCGGCCCAAAAAAUUUUUUUAAUAGAAAAUAAAAAAUAGAAAAA